UUCUGCGGUCCAGCAUUGCGGGGGGUCUUGGGCUGGAGGCUAUGGGCACUUCGGGCGCGUGGUCUGGAGUGCCGCGGUCGGUGCCAGCCGCUGGUUGUUGGGGUUUGGUGUGAAGUGCGGGUGACCGGACUCGCGCGUGGGGUGCGAUGGACUGGCUGCAGAACCUAGUCCCCUGCUGUCAGCGGGAGUAUGAGGCAAAGUGAUGCCCAGCACGGAACUAGUGAUCGGAGCCCUCCAUUCGGACCGUACGCCGCCAGGGGCUGCCUUCCCGAGCUGAGAGCCCCUUCCCCGGCUUGGAAUCUUGGCACGCUGUCGAUGGGAGGUCCCCAAGGACGGAAUCGAAAGGUCACUUCUUACCUGUCAGUGCUGUGUGACAGCAUCGCGACCGGACCUGCAGAAUCUGAACUAGCAGAUUCGUAAUGCCUCCUGCUUACCUCUUUCAAGAUGGAGGGGAAAUCCGUGGGAGAGCCUACUCAAGUGGUGUCUAAAGUCAAACUUUCCACAAAAGUAGAAAACACAGGACACUGGCUGGUGGAUGAUCACACUCGAAUAUGGGAAGUUUUGAAGACAGAGGAGAGCUCGAUUCAGGACUGGGGUGAAGAGGUAGAGGAAGGAGCUGUUUACCAUGUCACCCUCAAAAGAGUCCAGAUUCAACAGGCGGCCAAUAAAGGAGCGAGAUGGCUAGGGGUUGAAGGGGACCAGCUGCCUCCAGGACACACAGUCAGUCAGUAUGAGACCUGCAAGAUCAGGACCAUCAAAGCUGGUACACUGGAGAAGCUUGUGGAGAACCUGCUGACAGCUUUUGGGGACAAUGACUUUACCUAUAUCAGCAUCUUCUUGUCGACAUACAGAGGCUUUGCCUCGACUAAGGAAGUGCUGGAGCUGCUGCUGGACAGGUAUGGAAACCUGACAGGCCCAAACUGUGAAGAUGAUGGAAGCCAAAGUUCACCUGAGUCCAAGGCCGUGAUCCGGAAUGCCAUUGCUUCCAUCCUGAGGGCCUGGCUUGACCAGUGUGCAGAAGACUUCCGGGAGCCCCCUCACUUCCCUUGCCUUCAGAAGCUGCUGGAGUAUCUCAAACAGAUGAUGCCUGGCUCUGACCCAGAGAGGAGGGCACAGAACCUUCUUGAACAGUUUCAAAAGCAGGACGUGGAUUCCGACAAUGGACUGCUCAACACCAGCUCCUUCAGCCUGGAAGAGGAAGAGGAACCGGAGAGUGGAGGAUCAGCAGAAUUCACAAACUUCUCAGAAGAUCUCGUGGCAGAACAGCUGACCUACAUGGACGCACAACUGUUCAAGAAGGUAGUGCCUCACCACUGCCUGGGCUGCAUCUGGUCUCAGCGGGAUAAAAAAGAAAACAAGCAUUUGGCUCCUACGAUCCGUGCCACCAUCUCUCAGUUUAAUACGCUCACCAAGUGUGUCGUCAGCACCGUCCUGGGGAGCAAGGAACUCAAAACUCAGCAGCGAGCCAGGGUCAUCGAGAAGUGGAUCAACAUUGCUCACGAAUGUAGAAUCCUGAAGAAUUUUUCCUCCUUGAGGGCCAUCGUUUCCGCACUGCAGUCUAAUUCCAUCUAUCGGUUGAAAAAGGCUUGGGCUGCCGUCCCGAAGGACAGAAUGCUGAUGUUUGAAGAACUUUCAGAUAUCUUCUCUGAUCACAAUAACCAUCUAACCAGUCGGGAACUACUAAUGAAGGAAGGAACCUCAAAAUUUGCCAACCUGGACAGCAGUGUGAAAGAAAACCAGAAGCGGACCCAGAGGCGCCUGCAGCUGCAGAAGGAUAUGGGUGUGAUGCAGGGUACCGUGCCGUACCUGGGCACCUUCCUGACUGACCUGACCAUGCUGGACACUGCCCUGCAGGACUACAUUGAGGGUGGACUGAUCAACUUCGAGAAAAGAAGAAGGGAAUUUGAAGUGAUUGCCCAGAUAAAGCUCCUACAGUCUGCUUGCAACAGCUACUGCAUGAGCCCAGACCAGAAGUUUAUCCAGUGGUUCCAGGGGCAGCAGCUUCUAACAGAGGAGGAGAGCUAUGCCCUCUCGUGUGAGAUUGAAGCUGCUGCCGAUGCCAACACCACUUCCCCUAAACCUCGGAAGAGCAUGGUGAAGAGGCUGAGCCUGCUGUUUCUGGGCUCUGACAUCAUGCCUGGGAGCACUCCCACCAAAGAGCAGCCCAAGUCCACAACCAGCGGGAGCUCUGGGGAGAGUAUGGACUCAGUCAGCGUGUCGUCCUGUGAGUCAAACCACUCAGAGACUGAGGAGGGCCCCGUCACACCCAUGGACACACCAGAUGAGCCCCAAAAGAAGCUCUCUGAAUCCUCCUCCUCCUGUUCCUCGAUCCAUUCCAUGGACACAAAUUCCUCAGGGAUGUCAUCCCUAAUCAACCCCCUGUCCUCCCCUCCAACCUGCAACAACAAUCCUAAAAUCCACAAGCGCUCCGUCUCCGUGACAUCCAUUACCUCCACAGUACUGCCUCCUGUUUACAAUCAGCAGAAUGAAGACACCUGCAUCAUCCGCAUCAGUAUAGAAGACAACAAUGGCAACAUGUACAAGAGCAUCAUGUUGACAAGCCAGGAUAAGACCCCCGCUGUGAUCCAGAGAGCGAUGUCAAAGCACAAUCUAGAGUCGGACCCCGCUGAGGAGUAUGAGCUGGUGCAGGUCAUCUCAGAGGACAAAGAACUGGUGAUCCCGGACUCUGCAAACGUCUUUUAUGCCAUGAAUAGCCAAGUGAACUUUGAUUUCAUUUUACGCAAAAAGAACUCAGUGGAGGAGCAGGUGAAGCUGCGCAGUCGGACCAGCCUGACUUUGCCCAGGACAGCUAAGCGGGGCUGCUGGAGUAACAGGCACAGCAAGAUCACCCUCUGAAAGGGACAGCACACUCCUACUUCCCAAGGCAGAGUGAGGCUGUGCAAAAGCCAUGGCGACGCCAACCACCACCCAGUGUUGAGCAUCAUUGGUGAAAGUGACAGAUAUUUAUAGAAUUCAGCUGUGUAGAGAGCACUGUGCAGGGGAGAGUGGACGUGAAUUGGACAUUAAAGGAUAAAUGGUUCACUGAUGCUCUUAGACCUGAGAGUGAAUACAAAACAGUCCAUAUUAAAAUAUAUAUAUAUAUACACACACAUAUCAUAUGUGUGUGUGUGUGUGUAUGUGUGUGUGUGUGUGUGUGUGUGUGUGUGUGUGUGUGUAUGUGUAGAUAUACCAGAGGGACUAUACAGGAUAUUCUGGACUAUGGAAAAAACAAUUUGCACAAUGGCCUGGGAAGUUGAGGCCACUUUUUACAGGGAAACAGAAGGGACCAAGAACUUGGUCUCAUACUUCCAAGUAAAUAGAAUUAGACCUACCAAUGCGGAGUGUUCUUCAUGCCAGUAUUACAAGCCCAGGCUCUAUUUUUGUAAAGGGAGAGAAUUCCUUUCUCAAUCGUGUGCCACCAGAUGACCAAACAGCAGAGAUUGGCGUGGCCAUAGGCUGCAUGAAAGGCCACCAUGGAAAGGUUUGGAUGGGUCAAUGGUCUCUGCCCUCUGCUGGAGUCUGCUGGCCUGUGUGCCUUGCUGGUCCCCAUCACAGUGCCCCUGGGGUCAACACAAGCUUGUUUCAAUUCCUAGAAACCCUGUUGUGUUUCUGCAUUCUCUCCUAAGGAUUACACCACAAUCAUUACCACACAAGUAGCCUCGGUCUUCUAUAACUUUUCAGCCAGAGAAGAAAGCGCAGAAGCACAGCAGCUCCUCUGGACUCUCCUCUGUCUUGGACCACUCCACCACCCUCCGAUUGCCCCUUGCAUGUAACAGUGUACAUCCGGUCGUUUGCCAUCUGGAGCCGUGGGCCUCUUAUGAACAGUUCUUCCUCAGGUGUAGACAUUUCUGCUGCAAUCAACUCCAUGCAAUCAUUUCAAGCCUGUGAAAGAUUUCUGAGCAGCGACCCCCCUGUCAACCCCUCAGAAAAUGUCCCCCGCUGACUAACAGCAGCUCGUUUCCUUCUUUACUUUCGUAGCAUCCCUGUGUUCAGGUCACAGGGAGAGAAAGGGGACUGUGGCUGCUGUCUCUGCCCUUUCUCACAGAGGUGCGCCCUUGUAGAUGGGAGAGUAUCGCUCUUCUUUCUCACCUCACACUUCCUCUCCUGGUGGCACUGGUAAGUGAUGGGUUUUGUCUGUAGUAAUAACAGCAUCAUCCUCAUGCUUCCGAUCUGAGCUAUGCUGGGAUCUGAAUGGAAAAGCCAUACGUGAAGGAGCUGACGUGUAUAAGAAGCACUUUCAAAUUAUUGUCCCUUUUUAAUUUUUUUCUCCAAAUACCAGUUUUUAUUCCAAAAAUAAAGAGAAUGAACCCAGAAUAUGAUGUCCAGAUUGUAACAGGGAUUUUUUUUUCCUAACCCUAUACUAUAGCUCUCGAAGGUUAUGUAGGGUUUGUGUUCUGUAAAUAGCCAUAUGAACUCAGCAAGAAACACCGGGAAAAGCUCAGAGAUUUGUGGCAGUGGACCAGAGAGAGCCAGGAAGUCGUCAGAUUCUCUUGUCUUGUACAUUCCGACACCAGACGCACCCUGCUGUUUCUAGGAGAUUGGACUGGAACGUGGAGACCAGUUAGCUUCCAACUAGUCAUCAGAAGGCACUUCUUUUGUUUGGGAGCCUUUUUGUGGUUAGUGCUUCUGUGCAUGGUGGGGAGAUGGCAAGGAUUACAGCCACCACGAAGACUGAGGCAAACCUAGCCUCAGCCUGGCUUUCUCAGUGUCAAGGUCAAAAAGUCAAUGCAGAGCUAUUGGCCUGGUGUAGGGUGUGGCUCACAAGACAUACGUGUUAUGACCAUGUGCUCACCCUGUGUAAUUAUACUGUUUAUGUAGAGCCUAGAUUUAUAUGCUGCAAUGUAAAAAAAAUAUAUAUAUAUAUAUAUAUUUACCUUUUUAAAAAAAAGACAAUGGAAAUCCCAAGUGGGUAAAACAUGGCCUCAUUUAUUUAAUGCCACUUCAGUUGUUUUAAUUUUGCUUCCAGGUAAACAGCUGGACUUUGUUUCCAGCUGCUCGCACGCUUGUCUUUCCGCAUCUCCAGCAUCUGUUUACCUUUUGGUUAAACUAAUAAACUGGUUUGGGACUUGGUUGGCAUGUGCUGCCAGACCCAAAGGA